AUGACUGAUGGCAUGGGUCAGGGAGAACCACAUGUAUGUGAAGACAGGGCAGCCAAACAAAUCAAGGUUCGGAUGGAUCUACAGAACUCACCCCUGGAGGGCAACAAGACCACCCUGUUUACAGAUGGAUGCUGCUACAGGUCAAAAGACCCAAAGGAAGGGAACAUUGCUGCCUAUCCUGUGGUAAAGCAAGACAAAGAAGGAGAACACGUGGUCAUUGAAGCAAAAAAACUGGGUCCCAAUGAAAGUUCAGCACAGCUAGCUGAACUUAGGGUGUUGAGGAGAGCUCUACAACUAAGUAAAGGGAAGAAUGUGGACAUCUACACACACUCUGCCUAUGCACAUGGGAUUGCACACAUUGAUGGACCACAGUGGAUGAGGAGAGGAUUUGUGACCAGCUCAAAUGAGCCCAUCAAACACAAGGUUGAAGUACAGAAGUUAAUUGAUGCAAUCCAGCUUCCCAAACGAGUGGCAAUAAUGAAGUGCAAAGGUCACAGCAGAGAAAGCACCAGAGUGCGUGAAGGAAAUGAUCGGGCUGAUCAAGCAGCAAAGGAUGCAGGAGGAUACACUGCCCAGCAGAUGGUGCAACGAGCCACUCAAGGACAGGAGGAGUUGACGACAGACACAGUAAGACAGUUGCAAGAAGCAGCAGGCGCCUACGAACAGAACGUAUGGAGCAGACAGGGAGCAAGGCAAGACCAUCAUGGGAUUUGGAGAUCUCACACAGGAAAAACAGUGGGACCUGCAAAACUCCUCAGAUCAAUCUUAA